GUACAAGCAAAAUUUACAAAACAACACCUCGUCUAAGCUAGUGAGGUCGUAGAACAGUUAUAUAGGGUUGCAGCAGAUGUACGCCACCACCAUUCACCGCUUCCAUCUCCCUCUAUAUCUAUAUCUAUCUGUAUACGUAUAUAUAUGUUCGUAUAUAAACUGCCCUAACUGAACUACCAAAUUCUCUCUCUCUCUCUCUUCGCGCGUGCGUCUGUUAUAUAUACACACACAAACACAUAUCUCUCUGUGGAAAAAGCGGUUAAAUUUGCAAAACACACACACACACACAAACACAAACAAUGGGUGCUUCGCUUCCUCCGAAAGAGGCUAACCUCUUUAAGCUCAUCGUCAAAUCUUAUGAAACAAAACAGUAUAAGAAGGGUUUGAAGGCUGCGGAUGCGAUAUUAAAGAAGUUCCCAGAUCACGGAGAAACUCUUUCCAUGAAAGGAUUAACACUGAACUGUAUGGACCGUAAGCCGGAAGCAUACGACCUAGUAAGGUCAGGAUUAAAGAAUGACCUGAAAAGCCAUGUUUGUUGGCACGUGUAUGGUCUUCUGCACCGGUCAGACAGAGAGUAUAGGGAAGCAAUUAAAUGCUACCGGAAUGCUUUGAGGAUAGAUCCAGACAACAUUGAAAUACUGAGGGACCUAUCGCUUCUGCAGGCACAAAUGCGAGAAUUGGCAGGCUUUGUUGAAACUAGGCAACAGUUGCUGACAUUGAAACCAAAUCAUAGAAUGAAUUGGAUCGGUUUUGCAAUUUCUCAACAUUUGAACUCAAAUGCUUCCAAAGCCAUUGAUAUUCUAGAAGCAUAUGAAGGGACUCUUGAGGAAGAUUAUCCUCCAGAUAGUGAGCGGUGCGAGCAUGGGGAAAUGCUGUUGUAUAAAGUAUCUUUACUGGAGGAAUGUGGAUUGCUUGAAAAAGCCCUUGAGGAGUUGCACAAGAAAGAAUUCAAGAUUGUUGAUAAAUUGUCUUACAAGGAAGCGGAAGUUUCUCUUCUUGUCAAGCUUAAUCGCCUUGAAGAAGGCGAACAGUUAUAUCGAGUUCUGCUAUCAAUGAAUCCUGACAACUAUAGCUACUAUGAAGGAUUGCAAAAGUGUGUUAAAUUAUGUUCUAAGAAUGGUCAUUAUUCCUCUGAAGAAAUUGAUCAUCUCGAUGCAUUGUACAAAUCACUUGGGGAGCAAUACACCUGGUCUUCUGCCGUUAAGAGGAUCCCGCUAGAUUUUCUGGAGGAUGUAAAAUUUCAGGAUGCAGCAGAUAACUAUAUUAAGCCACUACUAACGAAGGGUGUCCCUUCACUGUUCUCUGAUCUUUCUCCUCUAUAUGAUCAUCCUGGCAAGGCUGAUAUACUUGAAAAGUUACUUCUUGAUUUUGAGGAAUCAAUUAAAACAACUGGUGGAUAUCCUGGAAGGUCAGAAAAGGAGCCCCCCUCAACACUUAUGUGGACCUUGUUUUACCUGGCUCAGCAUUUUGACCGACGAGGCGUGUAUGAUAUAGCUCUUGCUAAAGUCGAUGAGGCUAUGCAACAUACUCCAACUGUCAUUGAUUUAUACUCUGUUAAGAGCAAGAUAUUAAAGCACGCUGGGGACUUUGGAGCUGCUGCUUCAUUGGCAGAUGAAGCUAGGUGCAUGGAUCUUGCAGAUCGAUAUGUAAAUAGUCAAUGUGUCAAGCGAAUGUUGCAGGCUGAUAAGGUUCCGCUUGCAGAGAAGACAGCUGUAUUGUUCACAAAAGAUGGCGAUCAGCAGAAUAACCUUCAUGACAUGCAGUGCAUGUGGUACGAACUUGCUUCCGGGGAGAGUUAUUUUCGUCAGGGUGACCUUGGACGUGCUUUGAAAAAAUUCUUGGCUGUAGAGAAGCAUUAUGCAGACAUAACAGAAGACCAGUUUGACUUUCAUUCUUAUUGCUUACGGAAAAUGACUCUGCGUGCAUAUAUUGAAAUGUUAAGGUUUCAAGAUCGGCUCCAUGCACAUCCUUACUUUAGGAAGGCUGCAGCUGGUGCUACAAGAUGUUACCUCAAGCUGUAUGAUACUCCUUCAAAGUCAUCAACCGAAGAAGACGACGAAUUAGCAAAAUUACCUGCUGCUCAAAAGAAGAAAUUGAGGCAAAAACAAAGGAAGGCUGAAGCACGAGCUAAGAAAGAGGCUGAAGAGAAGAGUGAAGAGGCAAAUGUUGGUGGUGUUUCUAAGUCUGGGAAACGACAGAUCAAGCCAGUUGAUCCAGAUCCUCAUGGAUUGAAGCUAUUGCAGACUGAAGAUCCUUUAAUGGAAGCGGGGAAGUACCUGAAGUUACUGCAGAAACAUUCAUCUGAUCUUUUGGAGACUCAUUUGCUUUCUUUUGAAGUAAAUAUGAGAAAGAAUAAGAUCCUUCUUGCAUUGCAGGCUCUGAAGCAGCUACAACAAUUGGAUGCUGGAAACCCAGACUCUCAUCGCUGUUUGAUAAAAUUCUUCCAUAAAGUUGCAUCAAGGCCAGCUUCUGCCACUGAUUGUGAAAAAUUGAUUUUGGGAGUCAUGGAAGCAGAGCGACCAUCUUUCAGUCAGCUGCAUGGCAAAUCUCUGAUGGAGGCAAAUAGUGUUUUCCUCGAUCAACACAAAGAUUCUUUGAUGCACAGAGCAGUGGUGGCCGAGAUGAUAUAUUGUUUAGAACCAAACAAGAAGGGGGAGGCGAUCAGAUUGAUUGAAGAAUCACCCAAUAACUUAGUGUCUAGUAAUGGAUCAUUUGGACCGGUUAGAGAAUGGAAGCUGCAAGAUUGUGUUGCAGUUCACAAAACAUUGGGUGCUAUGUUUGAAGAUCAUGAUGCUUCAUCGAGAUGGAAAGUCCGAUGUGCAGAAUACUUUCCAUACUCGACCUAUUUUGAAGGCCGCCACUGCUCUAGUCUUGCUACAAGCAAAGAUUUCAAGCAGGCACUUGCCAAAAAUGGAUCUAUUGAAUUUCUUCCGUCAAACGGCAAAGUACAAAAUGUUGAUGCUCUGAAGAAUCUUGCAAUCUAAAGAACAGAGGCAGAUGGAUCAUUUUGUGGAGUUUGAAUAAAAGGAAAACAUUGAUCGAUUAAAGGGACAAAACCAUGAAAGAACAUGGCAGCUGACCCUGGUAAAGAAAAUGACAACGAAACCGUAAGUACUCUUCAGUUUUGACCUAAAAAGCCAUCCUUCAUUUAUUUAUGUGAUGAUUUCUUUGGAUUUGUGUAUACUUCAGUUGUGUUCUCAAAAAGUACUCAAUGACUUUGUUUUGAUGUUGAUUUCCCUGGGGAUUUUUAUUUUAUACAUUGGAAGUCCUUGCGACGAAUAGAGUUAGAUGAGACUACCACAAAGAGUAUGUUGUACGGUUAUAUUUCAAGUUACCUUAAAGUUAUUUUGUACAAAUGCUAUGAAAAUUUUGGCAUUAAAGGUUUUUAUUACGAUAAACAA